ACACAUUUAUUGAGAUGAAUUUUAAGAAAUUCCGUGCUAAACAACGGUGUGUUUUACUGUAGGUUAUGAUGGUCCACAGCCGCAUAAGAAUGUGAAGUGGACAAUCUUCUUUGAGCUUUUGUCAACAAUGUGCUGAAUUACUGCCCCACACGGCUCACAGUACCCAUUUCUGACAAGACGUUACACCAUGAGUAAGGUGGUGCUUCUGGCUCUCCUCGCUCUUCUGCAACAAGGGGGCGCAGCAAAUAUCAAGAACCUCCCUGAGAUAGUCCACCAUGAGACGGCAGGAGGAGGCAGUGAAGUCACGGGACAGAUUACACUGCACUGUCCGGCUCAGCCAGCUCCGUCCUGUCCGGCUCUAGAUCAUCUCCUGCUGUUCCUCAGUACACAAGACAGCCUGGAGGGGCAGAUUGAACAGCUGAAGAACAGGACAGACAGCCUUGAUAGACAGCUGCAGCAACUAGCACCGCAAGACCUGGCUGAAUUUCAGGCCACCAUUGAGGCUCUUCAGGCGACAGUCAGCAGCCAGGACAGCAUCAUCCAGCAGCAGGCUGCAGCUUUACAGCAGCUGCAGGAAACUCUGCAGCAACUAGAGGCCACCAAUCAACAACAAGCCAGCAUGUUGCAGCAACUAGAGACCACCAAUCAGCAACAAGCCACCACGAUCCAACAGCACACCAACAGCUUGCAGCAACUAGAGGCCACCAAUCAGCAACAAGCCAGCAACUUGCAACAAUUAGAGGCCACCAAUCAGCAACAAGCCAGCAGCCUACAGCAACUAGAGGCCACCAAUCAGCAACACGCCAUCAGCUUGCAGCAGCUAGAUGCCACCAAUCAGCAACAAGUAAGCAGCUUGCAGCAGCUAGAGGUCACCAAUCAGCAACAAGCCAAAAGCUUGCAGCAACUAGAGACCACCAAUCAGCAACAAGGCAGCAACUUGCAGCAACUGAACACCACUAUCCAGCAACAGGGCACUGCCUUACUGCAACAGGAAGAAACCCUGCAACAACAGGAAGAAACCCUGCAACAACAGGCCAACGCUAUCCACCAACAAGCAACAACUUUACAACAAUGCACCACAAACCUGCAGCAGCUGGAAGACAAGGUAGCUGGUCCCCAGUCCUGCAAUGAACUUCUCAACAGCGGCCACAACACGAGCGGGGUCUACACCCUUUAUCCAGUCGGAGAAGUCACAAGCCCCAUUCAUGUCUACUGUGACAUGGACGCUGACGGGGGAGGAUGGACGGUGAUCCAGAGGCGAAAGGACGGCUCGGUAGAUUUCUACCUGGACUGGCAGAACUACAAGACGGGGUUUGGGGACCUGGGAGGAGAAUUCUGGCUUGGCAACGACAACCUGCACCACCUGACGGCACAGGGAGGGUACGAGCUGAGGGUGGACCUGGAAGACUUCGAGGGAAACUCGACCUAUGCCAAAUACAGCAACUUUAGUGUGGAGGACGAAGGGCACCUGUACAGGCUAACUGUGGAGGGAUACUCAGGAACUGCAGGAAACAGUAUGGCCCGGCAUUCGUCCAUGUGCUUCUCAACCAAGGAUAAGGAAAAUGAUAUUCGCGAAAGUUUCGACUGUGCCCAGGCAUACAAGGGAGGCUGGUGGUACUCCAACUGUCAUACUGCUAACCUGAAUGGUCUGUACCAUGGCGGGGAUCAUCAGUCUUAUGCAGAUGGGGUGAACUGGAAAUCAUGGAAGGGUUAUCACUACUCUCUUAAACACACUGAGAUGAAGAUCAGGCCUCGCUAGAUUCGCACUGUAUAAAGGCAAAUAGUCAAACU